GACGACUUCAGUUUUUUUUUCUCUUGCCGUUGAAGCAAGUGAGAACCAAAUCCCUCUGUUCGAUCUCGCCGCGGUGAGAAGCGAUGAAGUCGGAGACUUUAACAUUAGUUCUGGUGUAUCUCGCCGGAAUAAUGGAGAGAGCCGAUGAGUCUCUGCUUCCAGGAGUUUACAAAGAAGUAGGAGAUGCUCUACACGUGGAUCCCACAGCUCUUGGAACGUUAACUCUGUUCCGGUCUAUUGUUCAGUCUUCUUGUUACCCUUUAGCUGCUUACUUGUCUUCUAGACAUAACCGAGCUCACGUCAUCGCUCUUGGUGCUUUCCUUUGGGCUACCGCCACUUUUCUCGUCGCCGUCUCCACCACUUUCUUCCAGGUGGCAGUAUCGAGAGGCUUGAACGGGAUAGGGCUUGCCAUCGUGACACCCGCGAUUCAGUCACUAGUUGCUGACUCAACCGAAGACAAUAACCGUGGCAUGGCAUUUGGAUGGUUGGGAUUCACAUCAAACAUUGGUUCCAUACUUGGCUAUGUCUUUUCCAUCCUCUUUGCCUCCAAAUCUUUCAAUGGUGUCGCUGGAUGGAGAAUCGCUUUCCUUUUGGUAGCAUUCGUUAGCGUGAUAGUAGGCAUUUUGGUCCGCCUCUUCGCAACAGAUCCUCACUACAGCGACAGAAAAAUCACAAAACAUGUCAAAGACAAACCUUUCUGGUCAGACAUAAGAGAUCUAUUGCAGGAAGCAAAGAUGGUGAUAAAGAUUCCGUCUUUCCAAAUCUUUGUAGCUCAGGGAGUUUCGGGUUCCUUCCCCUGGUCAGCUUUCGCUUUUGCACCAUUGUGGCUAGAACUCAUUGGUUUCUCCCACAAAACAACGGCGGUUCUGGUAACUCUUUUCACCAUUUCGUGCUCUCUUGGAGGUUUAUUUGGAGGAUACAUGGGAGAUACUCUUGCCAAGAAGUUCCCAAAUGCCGGUAGGAUAAUCCUCUCUCAGAUAAGCUCUGCCUCAGCAAUUCCUUUAGCUGCGAUUUUGCUUAUCGGAUUACCUGAUGAUCCCUCCACUGCCUUUAGCCACGGUCUGGUUCUUGUCAUCAUGGGAUUAUGCAUCUCAUGGAACGGUCCAGCUACAAACGGUCCAAUAUUUGCAGAGAUUGUUCCUGAGAGAGCGCGGACCAGCAUCUAUGCAUUAGACAGAUCAUUCGAGUCAAUAUUAGCUUCUUUUGCUCCUCCUAUAGUAGGGAUGCUUGCUCAGAACAUCUAUGGCUAUAAACCAAUCCCUGAAGGAUCCUCAAGCUCGAUCAAGAUUGAAACAGACAGAGAGAACGCAGCAUCGCUCGCUAAAGCACUCUACACAGCGAUCGGGAUCCCGAUGGUGAUCUGUUGCACAAUCUACUCGUUCCUAUAUUGCACGUACCCGAGGGACCGAGACAGAGCGAAAUUGCAAGCCUUGAUCGAGUCAGAGAUGCAACAACUCAAUGAAGAAGAAGAAGAAGAAGAGAUUGAGGUGAAGUGUUUAGGAGCUGAAGAACACGAUGAGACUUAUUUGCUUAAGCAGCAUCAGAAUGAGAGUUAAGAACAGAGUCAAAUGAUGAUGAUUUGGGUUAUUGACAUUAGGGCUCCAUACUUCAAUUAUAGGAAGAUGGGGUCAUACCGGUAUAUAACAUUACAAGAACAGAGUAAAAGGAAAAUACGGAAAAUUACUGAUUUUAUUUUUGUAAGGAAAUAUAUUAAUGAGUAUUGA